AUGGACGCUUCCUCUAGCUCGUGGAAUCCACCCCCGGCUCCUGUGAAUGGUCCUUCCUUGCUACUCCCCAUCCCUGCCAUCGUCUUCAUCGCUGUGGGCAUCUAUUUGCUGCUGCUGGGCCUAGUGCUGCUGAUCAGGCACUGCCUGCUGGCUCAGGGUUGCUGCCCAGACUGCAGCGCCCCCUGCAGGAAGCAAGGUGCCUCCAGGACCGGGGACUGUUGCUGGACCUGUGCCGAAGCCUGCGACUUCCCUCUGCCCAGCCCAGCCCACUUCCUAGAUGCCUGCUGCCCCCAGCCCACGGAAGCUGGCUGGAUGCCACACUGCCCUCUCUGCUGCCCACUGUGCGACUGUGCCUGUGCCUGCCAACUCCCCGAUUGCCAGAGCCUCAACUGCCUCUGCUUUGAGAUCAAGCUUCGAUGAGGACCAGCCCCCGGGGCCCACAUGCCCUCAUCCCUGAUGGGCCUCAGGACAUCUCUCUCUAGGCCACUGAAACCACAAAUGGUCUGCCCAGCUCACUUGUGUGGGCAGCGAGAGCCAAGAGCCUGGCUGUCCAGGGGCAGGACUUAGCGGCCAGGGCGAGCUGGAUGGCAGCCCAUCGGAGGCCCAGAGCAGGAGCACGAAUGAGCGUCCUGGCCCUGGCCACCUUCCCCACCCCCAAAUAACUUAUGUCUGGAGUUAAGACCACUGCUGGCCACGACAGCAUUAGGGACAGCUUCUGGUCUUGAGUAUCAGAAUAGAGGUGUACCUCUGCCUUG